AUGGCUGCAACAGGUCUUCGGCGAUGCAAGCGGCUGCUGCGACCGUGGCAUCUCAGGUUCAGGCUGGUUGCCGUCGGAUUGCUAGCUGCAGGAUGCGGCGGCUGCUUUCUUCGCUGCAGGACCAAGGUCGCAGCCAGUAGAAUUCCCCGAAUCAGGCAGCCGCACCAGGCCCUGCGCGGAGCAACAUCACAGAUGCCCCGCAAGGCUGUAGAUGAGAUCAUGCUGGGCGGCGCUGCACUGGCACUCUCAUCGGCUGCCGUUUGGCACGGGCGGAACGGCCGUCUCAUGCAAGGUGCCGCGGAGCUGUUUGAAAGCCUGGCCGAGUCGCAGGAGGACAGUCCACCCGUGCCUGUCCCCAAGUUUUUGGAGGCCGCUAGCAAACGUGGCCAGGUCAUGAUUGGAGUCACUGGAGCCUCCGGUGCUGGCAAAUCUUCUGUGGUCAACGCUUUGCGGUCUUUGCGGGACUCCGACAAAGAUGCCGCAAGAACGGGCAUCACCGAGACUACUCUCACUCCAGAGAUGUAUGAAUGGCGACUAGGAUACAGUCCGGGAGGAGCGAGAUCCUCGGAGCUCGGAUCCCUUGUGACCCAGGAAGCAGAAGCCAUCAUUUGCGACCUGCCCGGGAUCGGCACGCCCCGAUUUCCACAGGCUUCCUACUUGAAGAGCAUGGGGAUUCGAUAUUUCGACCUUGUGCUGCUGAUUACCGCCUCGCGGCUCACCGAAUCGGAGCUGCGGCUCGUGGCGGAGCUCAAGGCCUACGGCGUGCCACACUUCUUGGUGCGGAACAAGAUCGAUGUCGACAUCGAAGCCGAGCUGCUCAAUGAAGAGGACGAGGUGGAGGACCCUCUUGAAGAGCAGCACCUCAGACACCAGGUGACAAAGCAAACCAUGGAAACGGUGAAGCAAGAUCUCCGUGCGCUCACGGGCGCCCAGCAUGUGUACUGCAUCUCAACUCGGCGUAGGUGCCGCAAGCACCAUGAUUUUCCGAAGCUGGUUGACGACAUCAAGCGGGCGGUGGCGAAGCACGUUCCUGAGCGCUCAAAAGAGCUGGUAGGAGCUUAG